CCAAGGUUGAGAAACACUGCCAUAGAGUACUGGACUGUAGAUGAGAACGGUUUCUAUUACAAAGAACUACAACUCCCGAGAACCACCGCGAGGUCUAGGAGAACGUUAGCCCGGGCGGAUCGAGCGCGCGAGGUUCUUUUUUUUCCCCCUGGGUUUCCGGAGCUGCGGCAAAUUUAACUAGAUCAACAAAGCUGAGCGAAGCAAGGCGCGGGAAAGCAAAAGCCCGAAGGAUCGGAGAUCCCCGUUCUUCAUGCAUCACCCUUUUGAGCAUCAUGCACAGGAGACAUCUUCAGGAAAUUCCAGAUUUGGAGAGCAACAUCACUACAAGUGUCCCAUGGAGCUGGCAUCCCAACAAGACUUCAGAUAUCCUCUCAGGCAUGGGAGUGUCUGCUCUUAAACUGGACAGUGAGAACACCCCCCAGGAUCUCUUGAUGUGUGUGAGUCCACCCACGAAACGGCAGAAAGUGAGGGAAACCAAAUUUGUGAUUAUCCGCCAGCCUAGACUGCUUCAAGAGACAGUUGCAGGUAUUUCUUGGGAUACUUUGCCAGAUGAAUUGCUGUUAGGAAUCUUUUCCUGUCUAAACUUGACUGAUUUGCUGAAAGUUUCCCAGGUUUGCCGGAGAUGGCAUCGCCUUUCGCUUGAUGAGUCGCUUUGGCAAAGUCUUGAUCUUGCAGGUAAAAAUCUUUUGCCAGGAGUGAUUGGCCAAUUGUUGCCGUUGGGAGUGAUCGCUUUCCGCUGUCCAAGGUCCUGCAUCGCGACACCUUUGUUUAAAACAAGCAGGGCUCUUUGUGUGCAACAUCUGGAUUUAUCGAAUUGUACAAUAAAUGUUAUAGAUCUCGUGGCUAUCCUUGACAGAUGCCAGAGUCUGCAGAACCUCAGCUUAGAAGGUCUCCUACUUUCUUCUGGUAUAGUUAGAAGUAUAGCACAAAACCCCAACUUGGUCCGGCUCAACUUAUCUGGAUGUUCUGGAUUCUCUGCAGAUACCGUGGAAGUGUUGUUGAAAAGCUGUCUGAGGUUAGAAGAAUUGAAUUUAGGCUGGUGUGACUUCACAGCUGACCAAUUGAAGAUAGUAGUCAGUCAUGUUCCUCCCAAACUAUUGCAAUUGAACCUUAGUGGAUACAGGCAGAAUCUCCUGAUCCCAGAUGUUAAAACGUUACUAGAGAGAUGCUCUGGUCUAGUACAUUUAGAUUUAAGUGACAGUGUUAUGUUGAAGCCUGAAUGCUUUGCCUACUUCCACCAACUCAGACACCUUGAGCACUUAAGUCUUAGUCGAUGCUAUCAAAUACCUCCCGCUGCUUUACUUGAACUUGGUGAAAUUGCUACACUCAAAACACUGCAAGUUUUUGGAAUAGUGACUGCCAAUUCCCUACAGCUCUUAAAGGGGACGCUUCCUCAUAUAAAGAUCAAUACCUCCUAUUUUUCACCUAUCGCAAGGCCCACCAUUGGCUGCAAAAAGAACCAAGAGAUUUGGGGAAUCCAGUGCAGACUGAACUUGAGAAAUCUGGCUGGGGUUUAAUACAUCUCAAAAGACUCUUUGACUUCUACCAACAGCAACAUGAGUUCCUCAAGUCUUCACUGAGGAGUUCUCGGCAUUACGUUUUAACCUCACAACUUGCAGUUACUGACCUGGUUUUAUCAGUUUAUGACCAAAUGCUAUCAAGUAUUUUACAAGUUGUAUUUUAAAAAAAUGUUUUAGGUUCCACAAUGUACGCUGAGGCCUAUCCAAGAAACGCUAAUCAUGCACAAAUAGUUGCCAUGCAAUAUGCAUGCUCUCCUUGUGGAUUUUUUUUUUAAAAAAGUAGCUCUAGUUAAUAAAACUUGUCCAAAUGUU